UAUAAGUGGAUGAAUGAGAUAGUGUGUUUAUGCGGUUGACGGUUAUUGCAAGCAUUACUACUAACUAUUUGGAAGGUAAUCACGCAUGCGCAGUUGUUGCUUAGACGAAGCCUAGGGAUAAUUACAUUUCUCUGGGCAGAGCGCGAACACACUAUCGGUUCUCGCUGCAUAGCCCGAACUACGAAGAUAUGCAUGUAUCUGUUAACUAAGAUGAGGCAUCUAGUACAGAGAUAGAUUUUUAAACAGAAAAGCCUCUGUACGUCGCGUUUCUUCACCGAACAGCCCUCCCUUGUCUUGUCUGGCGUUUGUUUCGGUUGAAAGCCUGCCGUGGAGCUGUUCUCGCACAGGCCGCGAAUCGCGUCUUGUUGCUGGGAGGGGACCAUUCAGACUCGCCUACCGGCUAGCAUGAUUAGCUGGCUAUGAUGCGACGCUGCUGCUGGCGUAUUUUUUACACAGCAGGCCACUGUCAAGCGAGGCAGGUCCUUGGUUAAUUGUUUAGCCCGACGGAACUGAAGGGUGACUUGGAAACACACCACACCUUUCAAGGAUGGAUGUAGAUUUGUGUGCUGGUGGGGACAGUACCAGGAGGAAAGUAGAUUUGACUGGGGUUGCGGACGGCACAAUGGACGUCGUACCUUUGGAGAUGUAUGAUUCUGCCAGAGCAAAAAUAGCUGCCAACCUGCGGUGGCUGUUUGCCAAAGCCUAUGGCAUUGACAAUAUACCAGAGGACUUAAGGGACCCCUUCUACACAGACCAGUAUGACCAGGAACACAUCAAGCCACCUGUCAUCCGUCUACUGCUGUCCUGCGAGCUAUACUGCCGUGUCUGUGCCCUCAUCCUCAAGACAGAGCAGGCGGCAUCUCUUCAAUCCCACUUGUCUGUCAUCCAGGCUCUGUCCAGGAAGGGCAUAUAUGUCGUGGAAAGUGACGAUACACCUGUCACAGAUGGCGACCUGGCCUGUAUGCCCAUCAAAAUGAGUGCUCACAUGCCCAUGAUCGAUGCCCUGAUGAUGGCCUAUACAGUGGAGAUGAUCAGCAUUGAGAAAGUGGUGGCUUCUGUCAAGCGCUUCUCCACCUUCAGUGCCUCCAAGGAGCUGCCCUUUGACCUGGAGGAUGCUAUGGUCUUUUGGAUCAACAAGGUGAACAUGAAGAUGAGGGAGAUUACAGAAAGGGAGCACAAAGUCAAGCACCACCCCCUGGAGUCCCCCAGCCACCAAAAGGUACGAUAUCGUCGGGAGCACGCUUCAGGCCGACAGCUGCCCUUCUUUCCGCUGGUGGAAGACCUGAUGAGGGACGUUUGUGACGGAGCUGCACUGCUCACCGUCGUCCACUGCUAUUGCCCAGACCUCAUGAAGCUGGAGGAUAUUUGCCUGAAGGAAGUGCCCUCCAUAGCUGAUAGCCUGUACAACAUCCAACUGCUCAGAGAGUUCGCCAACGAGUAUCUGAAUAAAAGUUUCUAUCUGACUACGGAGGACAUGCUCUACUCACCGCUCGUGCUCAAGCAAAAUGUGAUGGUGUUCAUUGCUGAACUCUUCUGGUGGUUUGAGUCUGUCAAGCCAGACUUUGUCCAGCCUAGAGAUCUCCAAGAGUUCAAAGAUGCUCGAGCCAUAGCUCAGCCUAAGAGUGCCCGCCCAUCAGUGCCUAUUUCCAACGCCACCAAGCGCAGCUUCCUUGCCAGCCCUGGUGUGGCCGAUAACCAGAGCAGCCCAGAAGUCUGUAACAGGUACUUCCUGCACCCUGAAGGCUGUGACCCCCUUAAAGGGGGUCCAACCUUCAGUCCUUCUCACCCACUCCUGCCCCUCCGUCAGAGGCAACAGAAGCAGCAAGGAGAAGAUGGUGCAGGUCCCAGAAACCGGUCCAACUCUCUGACUCAAGUGGAUGGGCAAUCCAGAGGCUCAGUUGUCGCAUGGCCUGACAAGAGGCAGAGACCACUGUCCACACUGAGCCCCUACAUGUUUCAUUCAGCCACAGACAGUGAUGCAGACAUCGCUUCUGGUGACAGUGUGAGUCUGGCUCGCUCCAUAAGUAAAGACAGCCUGGCAUCCAACGUCAUUAAUGUCACUCCCAAACACCAGACUUCUAUCCACCAGCCGUCACAGGCUGCAAUACGCAGAGUCAAUGGCCAUGGCCUCCUGGGCAAUGUCAACAUUGAGGAUGAGGAAGAAACUCUGUUGGCGGUUUCCAGGACUGAUGGUCAACCCAAACGGGUGGACGGGACGCCAGAAACUGCCACAGUGGGGCUCAAGCCUUCCACUGAGUCCAAACCUGCACCUGAUAGCUUUUACCUAGAACCACUGAUGCCUGCCGUGCUCAAAACGGCUAAAGAGAAGUCUGUAUGCCUAAACAAGGAGGAAGAAAGUGGUGAGGGGCCCCGCUCUUCAGGAAGGGGCUCUCUGCGCCGAGGAGAUGGAUCUACAUCAGCUGUUCGUAGGAAAGUUCCCUGCAGCCUGAACCAAACCUUUACCCCUUCGGGUGAAGAGCAAGACUUGCCAGAUGAGCCUCCACAGGGACAGGAGGCAGGUUUCAGGCCCAGUGUUACCAGCAGUGUGGACCCCUCGUCCAGAGAGCCAGCUGGAGGUUUCUACCUGCAUUCAGAUUCUGAAGAACCAAAGUCUGGCCAGGGCCUGGAUGCUGAGUUGGAAGACCUGGAUGAAGAGGAAGAGGAUCUAGAUGAAGCUGUAACCACUAAAGACCCCAACUGGCCCAGGAAAGCCAUUAUUGAGGAAGAUGAAGAAUCAGCCAAACUCCAAGAGGACAUGAAUGUGAAAGAACAUAAGGACAAAGACAUGAAUGGUGGCAGCGGUCGCUCCAGCCCUUGCCUCAGCACUCACUCCCAGACCAGCAGCAUGGCCAGUGGCAGUGUGCGCAUGACCUCCUUUGCUGAGCGCAAAGCCCAGCAGCAGCGCUUUGGUAGCAACCACGACCUAUACUCCAGUGCCUCCAGCUCCCAAAGGACCACUCCAGAUGGGUCAGAGAGCAGUGGGCCCCUGAAUUCCUCCUGGAGGUUUAAAAGAGAUCAGAGCCCCUCUUCACCUUUGGGCGGAUGCUCUCGUACAGGCGAUGGUAGCGGUGGAGCCAAUGUGUUGGCUUCUGAACUUGUCCAGCUUCGUAUGCAGCUGGAGGAAAAGCGACGCGCCAUUGAGCACCAGAAAAAGAAAAUGGAAGUGCUGUCAGCAAGGCAGAGACAGAAGCUGGGAAAGGCAGCCUUUCUGCACAUCGUCAAGAAAGGUGGAGGCAAGAGUGAUACAUUACCCAACCCGCUUAAAGCUGAUGUCUCCAAAGACGAGCUCAAUGGGAAGAAAGUACCAGCAAGUAAAGAUGACACGUGUGUUGAUGCCCUGAAGGGGGACAAAGAGGUGGAGGGAACCACCCUGCCAGGUGCCUUAGAAGCAGACAAAAAGGGGAACAGCGAGAGCUUCUACUUAGAAGAAGAGUUGGACCUGAAUGAGUGCAGUCGCUCAAUUGAACUUCUGAAUGAGGCCAUCGGCAGCAUCCAGCAGCAGAUGAUGCAGCUGUCACUGCAGCAGGAGAUGCUGAUGAAACAGAAUGUACAGUCCCCUCCUGGGGCGACUCCACCUCCUCCAAUCACAAGUGACAAAAACGGUGACUCUAAGGCGGGUGCAAGCUUUCACUUUGUGGAGCACCUCUCUGGCACCAGCACAGCCCCCACCAGGAAACCCCCCAAGUUGAGCUCAGGCCGUAGUUCCAGGUCCAAGCCAUCAGAGCUAAAGAUAGCCAAGGAGCAGAGCCGGCAGGCCUCCAGGACCCUCACCCCCACCCAGAGUGGUUCAGAGACAUUACCACACCCAAGGCAGAUAGGUGGGGGCAGGUCCCCCAGGAUGGAGCGGCCAGGUAGCCCCAGAAACCCCACAGCAGGAGAGACAAUCGACAGGCCGGGCUCUGGCCACGUUCGGAGCGCCACCUUCCGGCUUCGUGACGAGGCAAACGUGCGUCUGCCAACCCGAGUGGACCUGACAGCCGUGGUUGCCUCGGAAGUGUCCUUUGAUGAGUGCCUGUCCAGCACCAUGAAAGAGUCUGAGCUCAACUCUUCAGACGGUUCAGGGAAAGAAAACAUGCCAUCGGAGGAGGUGCAACGCAGCAAAACUCACCUGAUUGAGGUCGAUCUGUCAGAGCUGAAAGCUCCUGAGGAAGAAGAGGCUGCUGAGGACAGAACGACAGAAGGUGGCGAUGGAGAGCAGAAGUCAGUCAUGGGCUUCUUCUUCAAGGAUGAGCAGAAGGCAGAGGAUGAGCUUGCUAAGAAGAGAGCAGCGUUCUUGCUAAAGCAGCAAAAGAAAGCUGAGGAGGCCCGACUCCGUAAACAACAGCUAGAAGCAGAAUCUGAGCUCAAACGAGAUGAAGCCAGACGGAAGGCCGAAGAGGAGCGCCUGCGUAAAGAAGAGGAGAAGACACGGCGGGAGCUGAUAAAGCAGGAGUAUCUGCGGAGGAAGCAGCAGGAGAUGUUCGAGGAACAAGGCCUUGUCAAGCCCAAAACCCCCAAACCCAAGCAGAAACACAGACCCAAGUCUGUUUUCAGAGAGGAAUCCUCCAGUGAUAAUUUCUCCAAGGGCUCUUCAACACCUGACAACCUGAGCAAUGCCCAGUCAGGCUCCAGUCUGUCCCUGGCUUCUGCUGCCACUAAUGAGGCCGACAGUGUCAACUCUGGAGGGGCUGGCUCCCAGCGCUGUGACUCUGUGGAGUCGUUUCCAGGCACUCGUAACAACAGUCGGACUGCAGAGAGAGACUGGGACAAUGGCUCCACUGCAUCUUCCAUCACCUCCAUGGCUGAAUAUACUGGUCCCAAACUAUUCAAGGAGCCCAGCGCCAAGUCGAAUAAGCCAAUCAUCCACAAUGCAAUCUCCCACUGCUGCCUGGCUGGCAAAGUCAAUGAACCACAGAAGAACCAGAUCCUAGAGGAGCUGGAGAAGUGCGAGUCCAACCACUUGAUGAUCCUGUUUCGCGACGGCGGCUGCCAGUUCCGGGCGCUCUACUCGUACUUUCCCGACACUGAAGAGAUACACAAGCUGACGGGCACGGGACCCAAGAGCAUCAGCAAGAAGAUGAUCGACAAGCUGUACAAGUACAGCUCGGACCGAAAGCAAUUCACCGUCAUCCCUGCCAAGACUGUGUCGGUCAGCGUGGACGCCCUAACCAUCCACAACCACCUGUGGCAGGCGAAGAGAAGUGCUGUGCCAAAGAAAAAUGGAAAAUAGCAGGCUGGAUUUUAAACCCCCUCUAUCAUCCAAAUCAUCUGAUCCCCAUCUUGCUUGUUUCCUGAAUAGACUGCAUUGAUGCCCACGGCCAAGCUCACUGCCGAACUCGGUCUGGAAACCAGCUCGGGUGAGCCGCUUUUAUGGAUAUGUGGUGACCUCCAGGCGGACCAAGGUAGAGAUAAGGGAAAAGUUGUGUGUGUGUGUGUGUGUGUCUGUCACAGGUGGUCCAAGGGUUGGUGCUUGCGACAAAAAUAACGAAUGCCAGCCGAAUUCGCUUCUUCUCCCUGUGAUCUCAGUGCGAUCUGUUCAGGUUUGUCUUUGUUCGGCUCCGUUUUUCUAUGAUGACCAUGACUCAAGCAUGAGGCUUUUUUCUCUGUCUCUCUCAUAUGUGGUGGAUGUAUUUAUUCAUUAGUUACAGCACUGUUAUGGCCGAGAGCUCAGCUGCAGCACUAAAGUCCUUCCUUCUCUCCAGAAGCGCCUCCCCUUUGGACGAAUUUUGGACAAGAAGGGGGGGGGGGGGCGCUGUUUUGGGGGAUUUCUGUCACUCUUUUUGGAAACUUUGAAGCAAGGGAUCUUUGUACGACCCUUUAGGACUGUCGGACUGUUUGCUGUCCCAUCAAAAACAACAAUCUCUUCCUUCUCGGACUGUCGAAUCUGUCGAAUCAGGCUGGCAUUGCCGAUUUUGCCUCACCAGAGAUCUCCAAAAACCUGCUGCUCUGAACUUUCUUCUUCUUUUGUCAAGGGGCUUCUCCAGUGUCCCCCAGACAUCCGUUGGCCUUUCACGCAUCGUGGUACUAUCGUCUAUUUAUUCAACCGCUUUUUAAACUAGACGCUGAACGUGUAGCACUGGAUAUGUGUAUAGCAAAAAAACAAAACAAAACAAACAAAAAAAAAACGUUAAUGACGGUCGUUUUAAAUACUUUUAUUUGUCAAAACAUCCUUUUUCUUGAGGGUGUCGUAAAGAGGGUGACCGAUCAGUUUUGUUACACAAAUGAUGCCUUUUUGUUUUGUUUUAGCAUAUUGUUUUUCUUUUUUUUUUAUGCAAUGUGGUAUAGAGUCUGAGCUGAUGUUAUGUGUUUUCAUCAUAACAGGAAUUCUCUGAUGUUUAGAGCUUAGUUGUGUUUUCUCUCCACUGGGCACUCUUGAAUUGUCCUGUAUAAAGGUGCACUCAUGAACACUUGUCGAUGGCUUCUUUCAUGCAAUGUAACCCCCCCCAUUCCCCUUCCCCUUCCCUUUUUAUGUCAGCCUGUCCCAUCUUUAACCAUGAGAGUGACACACACACACACACACUCUUGUUGUGAAGAGUGUUUCUGUGCUGCUCUGUAACUGGUUCGAAUCACAGUAUUUGACAAAUACACAAAGGGGGUUUGGGUGUGUGGGCGGCUGGUGGGGGACUGUGGUUCCAUCAUGUACCAACAUUAAAGAACAUUCCUCCCAGGUGUUGACAAACACUGCCACGUCGUGUCUCUCUCUCUCUCUCUUUCUCUUUCUCUUUCUCUCUCUCUCUCUCUCUUUUUCACAAAUCAGCAAAAGUGCUUUUUUUAAAAAAAAAAUGUUUGUUGGCCUCGAGAACAACCAGAAGUGUUGCACGAGCACUUUACUUUCUGUUUGUUGGGGAAUUUUACCUUUUUUUGUUUUUGAAUGGGCAUAAAAACUAAGAACUGAUCAGUAACACUACUGUUGUGCGCUCCGUAAAUUGUGAAAACUAAACCAAACACUAAGAUUUGUUACUGACGUGUAAAACUCAAGGGCCUCCGCUCAAACGAUACUACUGCUGUCUCCAAAAACAACAGAAUACUUGAUUUGUCAUUUGCUGCAUUUUGAUUUGUACUUUGGGGCGUUUGGGUGGGGGCGGUGGCAGAUCUUUAUUUGUAUGUUAGUGUAUUUUUAUGUUCACUAAAAGAUUGUAUUACCAUUUGGUCACCAUUUUUGUUACACUAGUGUACUUUUCAUCCUUGUUGAUUUUAUCUUUGAUCCCAUGCCAUCUAUUUAUUUUAAAAAUGGAAGCACUGAAACCGAAUAAAUUUUCAAGUGAAUAAAAGUCACAUUUUUUUCAUUUUCA